AUGUCAUCGGAAGAAAACGCCAUUGGAAUCGAUUUGGGGUCGACAUAUUCAUGUGUCGGAGUCUGGCAAAAUGAUAGAGUUGAAAUUAUUGCCAAUGACCUGGAACGUCUUAUUGGAGAUGCUGCUAAAAAUCAAGCUAGCAUUAACCCUCAGAACACUGUAUUUAACGCUAAACGACUCAUUGGUCGUAGUUUUAACGACCAUGAAAUUAAAACUGAUUUAGAGCACUGGCCAUUCAAAGUUAUUGAAAAGAAUGAGAAUCCAUAUAUUCAAGUAAAAUUCAAAGGCGAAAGGAAGAAUUUCACACCCAUAGAGAUUUCUUCUAUGAUAUUAAUAAAGAUGAAGAAAACCGCAGAAUCUUUUCUAGGUUCAAAAGUUAGUAAUGCCGUGAUAACGUCGCCAGCUUGCUUCAAUGAUUCUCAACGUCAAGCGAUAAAAGAUGCAUGUGAAAUCGCUGGUUUGAAGGUAUUACGCAUAAUUAACGAGGCAACUGCGGCAGCUAUCGCUUAUGGUUUGGACAAGAAACAUGAUGGUGAACGAAACGUUCUCAUUUAUGAUUUAGGUGGUGGUUCUUUUGAUGUUUCACUUCUAACUAUCGAAGAUGGAAUUUUCGAAGUGAAAGCUGUUGCUGGUGACACGCACCUUGGUGGUGAAGAUUUUGGCAAUUUACUUGUAAAUCAUUGCGUGCAAAAAUUCCAACGCAAAUAUAAAAAAGAUCUUACAACAAAUGCACGAUCUUUCCAACGAUUGAGAAUUGCUUGUGAGCAAGCUAAGCGUGAACUUUCAUUUUCAUUACAAACUUGUAUUAAAAUAGACUCUCUUUUCGAGGGUAUAGAUUUCUAUACCAACUUAACGCGUGCUAAAUUUGAACAAUUGAAUCGAAGCUUGUUUCAGAAUACGAUGGAACCUAUUGAAAAAGUACUACGAGAUUCUAGAAUCGACAAAAGUCAAAUUCAUGAGAUCGUCCUAGUCGGAGGUUCAACACGCAUUCCAAAGAUUCAAAAAAUGGUAUCCAAGUUUUUCGAUGGCAAAAUACCAAACAAUUCCAUCAAUCCUGAUGAGGCCAUGGCAUAUGGUGCUGCCAUUCAAGCCGCUAUUUUAUCUGGUGAUACUUCAGAAAAAACUCGAGAUUUUCUUUUACUCGAUGUCACCGCUUUAUCUCUUGGUUUCGAAACUUCCGGUGAUGUCAUGAUGCCGCUUAUAAAGCGUAAUACAACUAUACCUACUAAGAAAUCAGAAAUUAUAUCCACAAAUUCUGAUAAUCAACCAGGAGUGAUGAUUCAUAUUUAUGAAGGUGAACAUGCCCGUAUUAAAGACAAUAACUUUCUUGGUAAAUUCGAAUUAACUGGAAUUCCGACAGCACCAAGAGGUUUGCCGCAAAUUGAAGUCACAUUUGAUAUUGAUGUAAACGAUAGUUUAAACGCAUGUCGAUUGUCAAGGAAUGAAGUCGCACGUAUGGUUGCUGAAGCCAAGCUUUAUCUCGAAGAGGAUGAGAAAGUUGCCCAAAAAAUACGGGCACGAAAUCGGUUAGAAAGUUAUGUGUUUGAGAUAUGUAACACACUUUAUGAUCAGAAACUUGCUAUGAAACAACUUGAAGAUCAAAUCGAAAAGUCAAUUACAUUGCUUGAAAAUAACAAACAUGUAGGAAAGGAGGAAUAUGAUAAUAUACAGAGGUCACUUGAACAAGGUGUCGACCAAAUAGUAAUGCGAUGGCGUUGA